AUUUACGGCCAUCAUUUAAAACGCUGCUUUAAUAACAAGCCAAUUAGACUUAUUUAUUUGUUAUGCGAUUUUAAGAAAUCAAGUCAUUAUUCUAAUUUUCAAUAUAUUGUAUACUUUUCAUUGGAUAUCAGUUAAAUUAUAAGUUGCCUUUAUAUUUAUUACACAAUUUUAUGUUUAUAACUACUUAAUUUACAUCUGAAUAAUCAUUAUCAUGCCUAAAACCAGAAAAUCCAAAGGUAAAAAGUAUUCACAAAAAUUUAAAAAACAGUAUUCUGAUAAUACUGUUGAAAAGGAAACGGACUUAAAUAAUGGCGUUGAUGAUACAGCAGAAAAUAGACAAGACAUCUUGUUUCUUUUAAAACCUGUAAGCAUACAAUUAUCACGUUGUGAAGUACCAAAUUCUACAAAUAAAAAUAAUAAUCUAAUAAACGACGACAUAUCAUCAAAAUUGGAAGAUGAGAUCUCAAAAAAAAAUUGUUCAAGAACGGUGAAAAAUAAAGAUGAUUCUAUAAAGACGAAAAAAACUUCUAAUAACAAAAGUAUUACAAAGAAUAACUAUGUUGAAAAAGACAUAGAAAAAUCAGGAAAAGAAGAAGAAAAUAUAACGAAAAAAAAUAAGAAAAAUGUUACAGUAAUAAAAAGGACUAUAAGAAGUAAAAAUGAAGAAAGUUCAUCUGAUGAAUCGAGUGAUACAGAAUAUGAAGUACAACGUAUUAUGGAAGUCAAAUUUUUAGAAAAUGGGAAACGUGAAUUUUUAAUUCGUUGGAAAGGCUUUAGAGCUGAAGAUGAUACUUGGGAAAAAGAAGAACAUUUAAAUUGUCAUGAACUUCUUGAACAAUUCUUGGAAAAUAUUGAAAAGAAUAAGAAUCUUUUGCAGAAAAAAUUAAGACCUCAUAGACAAGUAACAAAACGUUUAGUUUUGGGAAUAGAUCGCUUAAAAAGCAGAAGUAGUACGAGAAAUCGCAAAAUAAUAAAUUAUCAAGAAGAUUAAAGACAAUUCCAUAGCUAAAAUUUUAACUAAUAAUAUCAAGCUUUUCAAUUAUGUUCCAUAAUCAAGGUUUUUAUUUGUAUGUUCUUGACUGAAAAAAAAUUUAUUUAUUAAGACUUAAAAAUUCAUUAUAAAAAUUGUUUAAAAUUUUGAAGUUUUUUUUAAGUAUUUGUUUUUUGUUAAAAUAAAAUAUGUAUUAAGAAAUAUUUGGUAUUUAAAAUUUAUUGCUUACUUACAUUUUUAUAAUUAUAAUGUAUAAUGGGUGUAAAAUAUUCUUAUGGUCAUUUUAAAUUAAAAUCUUUUCUACACUUAUAUUUGUUAAACUAUUAUAUUUUACUAAUAAUUAUUUUAAUGAAAAAUUUUUAUUUUUACACAGUAUUAUUACUUAACAUAUAGAUUCUAUAAAAAAUAAUUAAUGUUAGUCACCUUUCUCUAAAAACAUUAAUUAUGAUAAGAAAAAUUUUUUUUGACAUUUUUAUUUAUAUAUACUUCUUGUUUAUUAAUCAUUAAGUAUGUUUGUUACGUCUAUUAUGCCUUAUAAGGAUGUUAUCAUUUUUUUCAAUGACAUUAAUAUUUGAUUAGCUUAUAUAAAAAGAAAUUAUCUAACUAAGAAAACAACUGGUGGAAAAUAACUCUUAACUAGUAUUUUAGAAGAUAUAAAUAUUUAUAUACCUAGUUACAAGGUACCAACAAGUAACUCCUAAUGAUAAAAAUAAUUGUAAUCAGAAUAUAAUCUGUCUAUAUUUAACUUUCGUAAUAAUAAUUUAAAAGUUAUUAUUAACCAGUCAUUUUUAUAAUUAGUUAAUUAAAUGUAUAUUUCCAUUUAAAAAAAUAAGUUAAUGCCAUUAUGUUACAUAAAGGAUGAACUUAAGAAGUAUUGGAUUUUUGUUAAAUCGAAAUAUGCAUUUAACUGAUUCUUAAUGUUAUUUUUUUAGGAGAAAUUAAGUGAAUAAUUUUUAAAAAAUUAUCCUGUAUACUUAAUAUAUUUAUAUCAGAUAUUGUAUAGAACUUAAUUGUAUUGAAAUAAAUUAUUAAAUUGAAAUCAUUAUUUAUUUUGCUUUAGUUACAAAAUGUAUUGAAAAAAUCAAAUUAAAUUUAAUAGAAAUAUUUUUUUUUAAUAAUGAUUUCAAUUUUUUAUUGUUAAUUUUCCAUGUAACAAAAAUGGCACUUGUAGCUCAAUUAGAUCUUUAGUGUAAAUUAUUGAUUUCUUGAAGUUAAAUAUUUUGCAUUCAGUUACUAUUUUUCAUCUUAAAAAUUAAGAAUACUUUAAUUUUUAAAAGAAAAUUUUAUUUAAUGUUUUGUUAAAUGUGUAAAAUGCUCUAAAAUUAUUAUUAUUUAUUAAACAAUUUCUUUAGUUCCCCAAAAAGUUAAAAAAUAAUAUUAACUUUUAAAGAUUAUCACUUAAAUUAAACUUUAUAAUGUAGUGAAUUUAUACUUAUAACAAAAUCUUUAAUCAAAGUUCUAUUACUUAGAGGAUAAACUUAAAGGAGUUAAUAUAGUGUCAAAUUGAAUUUGAAAGCUAUACAAUAUGUAAAAGCCAAAUAUACUUUCACUUUUUACCACUUAGAA